AUGCUUCUCUUCCAAGUUCUCGCCAUCCUUGCCGGUGCCAGCGUCGUUACGGCCGCGCCCACCGGCGUUCGCCGUGGUAGCCGCAACCACGUCUACCGCGACGAGACCAUUGGCGCUACGGCUUCCGCCGCUGAGGCCACUGGUGCGCCGGCCGAUGUCUCCACCGGUGGAGACUUCAACGCCUCUUCGAUCCCCGACGAGAUCGCGGCCGCCGGUAAAGAGUUCAACGCCACCUGGCCCACCACCGGUGCCGACUUUAACUCGUCCAAGAUCCACGGCAAGCCGGGAAACAGCUCGCACCUGCGCCUCGGUUUCCCGCACUCGCAGAACCGCACCGGCGCCGCCGAGUUCAACGGUACUGCGAUCAUCCAGGGCCUGAGCAACAGCAGCGGCGGCGCGGCCGUGUCUUCGGCAGCCGCAGUUGUCACCUCGGCGCUUGCGGGCAUCAACGAGCUCGAUGCCGUUGAGCCCUCGGCCACGGCCACGGCCACCGCCACGGCAACUGACGCGGCCGCUGCCCAGUCCACCGGAGAUGCCACCGCGUCUGCCGACUCGUCGUCGUCGACUGACGCAGCCUCGGGACUUCUGAGCUCGGGCUCGGACUCGGACUCUGCUUCGGGCCUCCUGAGCGGCCUGGAGAGCGGUCUCCCUACCGGCCUCAGCGGCCUUGGCUCUGGUACCGCGAACACUGCGUUCGCCAUCCCCACCGACCUCAGCGCUCUCAGCGGCCUCAGCGGCCUUCUCGGUUCGGGCACUGAGAACACUGCGUUCGCCAUCCCCACCGACCUCAGCGCUCUCAGCGGCCUUCUUGGUUCCGGCACCGAGAACUCUGCGUUCGCCAUCCCCACCGACCUUAGCGCUCUCAGCGGCCUUCUUGGUUCCGGCACCGAGAACUCUGCGUUCGCCAUCCCUACCGACCUCAGCGCUCUCAGCGGCCUCAGCGGUCUCGGCUCUGGUACUGAGAACACUGCGUUCGCCCUCCCCACCGGCCUCAGCGGCCUUAGCGGCCUCACCGGAUCUACCGGUACCGGAGCCUCUGCCUCUGGUUUCAACCUCGGCUCGAACUUCGCCGCCGACGCUGUGGCCAGCGAUGACACCACUGCCGACAGCAGCGCUUCCGCCACCCCCACCACUGUCAGCGGCCUUGAGUCUACCGGUACGGGAGCCUCUGCCUCUGAGUUUUCGGGUCUCAGCCUCGACUCGAGCCUCCUGAGCGGCUUGGACGGUAGCGGCUUGGCCGCGUUCCCCUCCAUUUCCGGACUCUCUGGACUCACUGGCGACAACACGGCUUUCGCCCUCCCCACCGGUCUCAGCGGCCUCAGCGGUCUCUCCGGUCUCACCUCCGGUGACAACACUGCUUUCGCCCUCCCCACCGGUCUUAGCGGCCUCAGCGGUCUCAGCGGUCUCGGCUCUGGCGCCAACACCGCGUUUGCUCUCCCCACCGGACUCAGCGGCCUCAGCGGCCUCACCGGCUCUACCGACACCACCGGACUCAGCGGCCUCAGCGGCCUCACUGGCUCUACCGACACCACCGGUCUCAGCGGCCUCAGCGGUCUCAGCUCUACCACCGGCACCAGCGGUCUCAGCGGCCUCGGCUCCAACUUUGCCGCCGACGCUGUGAGCGACUCUACUUCGGACUCGACUGCCACUGCGUCGAGCGAUGUCGCGUCGACCUCGGACUCUGCUAUUCCCGACGACUCGAUCAUCGGUAACAUCACCUCGUCGACCCAGGGAUCCGACUCGUGCGGCUCGGGCUUCCAGAACACCCAGGCUACUGCCGCUACUGCCUCGGCCACUCUUUCGGACUCGUACGACUCGGCUGUGCCCACCGUGACCGCCACUGAGGCAGCCACUGAGGCCGCUUCGGAGACCGCCUACGUUGCCCAGACUGAUGCUGCCACCGACGUUUCCGACGUGGCUUCGGAGGUCGUCACCUCGGCCCCGGCUGCCACUGCUACCUCGACCGACGACGAUGGAGCCAUCUUCGUUUCCGAGCUCACCGCGUCGUGGUCCUACUUCUGA